GCGAAUGGAGGAGUUUCUGGAAAGCACCUCGGGGAUAGCAACUUUGAAAGGGACGUCAAGCCAGAGACUACUUCCAGUCUUGGCCAUCGCAUCCUGAGGGCUGCAGUCAAGGGGACCAUGGCGGUGAGCUUGGAUGAUGACGUGCCCCUGAUCCUGACCUUGGACGAGGGCGGUGGUGCCCCUCUGGCACCCUCCAACGGACUGGCCCAGGAGGAACUGCCUAGCAAAAAUGGGGGCCACUAUGCUAUCAGCGACUCCCGGGACCCCAGCUUGAGCUCCGGGGGUGACAGUCCCCCCUCCAGCCCCACCAGCCACAAUUGGGAGAUGAAUUACCAAGAGGCAGCCAUCUACCUCCAGGAAGGCGAGAAUAAUGAUAAGUUCUUCACCCACCCCAAGAACGCCAAAGCGCUGGCAGCCUACCUCUUUGCACACAACCACCUCUUCUACCUGAUGGAGCUGUCCACGGCCUUGCUCUUGCUGCUACUGUCCCUGUGUGAGGCCCCCGCCGUCCCUGCGCUCCGGCUGGGCAUUUACGUCCAUGCCACCCUGGAGCUGCUCGCCCUGAUGGUGGUGGUGUUUGAACUCUGCAUGAAGUUGCGUUGGCUGGGCCUCCAUACCUUCAUCCGGCACAAACGGACCAUGGUCAAGACCUCCGUACUGGUGGUCCAGUUCAUCGAAGCCAUUGUGGUGUUGGUGCGGCAGACGUCUCACAUGCGAGUGACCCGGGCCCUGCGAUGCAUUUUCCUGGUGGACUGUCGGUACUGCGGCGGUGUCCGGCGGAACCUGCGGCAGAUCUUCCAGUCCCUGCCGCCCUUCAUGGACAUCCUACUGCUUCUGCUCUUCUUCAUGAUCAUCUUCGCCAUCCUCGGUUUCUACUUGUUCUCCCCUAAUCCUUCGGACCCCUAUUUCAACACCCUGGAGAACAGCAUCGUUAGCCUGUUUGUCCUUCUGACCACAGCCAAUUUCCCAGAUGUGAUGAUGCCCUCGUACUCGCGGAACCCCUGGUCCUGUGUCUUCUUCAUCGUGUACCUCUCCAUCGAGCUGUACUUCAUCAUGAACCUGCUUCUGGCCGUGGUGUUCGACACUUUCAAUGACAUCGAGAAGCGCAAAUUCAAGUCUUUGCUGCUGCAUAAACGAACUGCCAUCCAGCAUGCCUACCGCCUGCUCAUCAGCCAGCGGAGACCCGCCGGCAUCUCCUACAGGCACUUUGAGGGCCUGAUGCGGUUCUACAAGCCCCGGAUGAGUACUCGGGAACGCUACCUAACUUUUAAGGCUCUGAACCAGAGCAGUACACCACUACUCAGCCUCAAGGACUUUUAUGACAUCUACGAGGUCGCCGCCUUGAAGUGGAAGGCAAAGAAAAACCGAGAACACUGGUUUGAUGAGCUGCCCAGAACGGCCUUCCUCAUCUUUAAAGGAAUUAAUAUCCUUGUGAAGUCCAAGGCCUUCCGGUAUUUCAUGUACUUGGUGGUGGCUGUGAAUGGGAUCUGGAUCCUGGUGGAAACUUUCAUGCUGAAAGAUGGGAAUUUCUUCUCCAAACACGUGCCCUGGAGUUACCUCGUCUUUCUCACGAUCUACGCAGUGGAGUUAUUCCUGAAAGUUGCUGGCUUGGGCCCCAUUGAGUAUCUGUCUUCAGGAUGGAACCUGUUUGACUUCUCAGUCACUGCAUUCGCUUUCCUGGGACUGCUGGCCCUGGCCUUCAACAUGGAGCCGUUCUAUUUCAUAGUGGUCCUGCGUCCCCUCCAGCUGCUGAGGCUAUUUAAACUGAAGAAGCGUUACCGCAAUGUGCUGGACACCAUGUUUGAGCUUCUGCCACGGAUGGCCAGCCUGGGCCUCACCCUGCUCAUCUUCUACUACUCCUUCGCCAUCGUGGGCAUGGAAUUCUUCUAUGGGAUCCUCUACCCCAACUGCUGCAAUGUGAGCACUGUUGCGGAUGCCUACCGCUGGGUCAACCACACCGUGGGCAACAAGACCAUGGUGGAGGAAGGCUACUAUUAUCUCAAUAACUUCGACAAUGUCCUCAACAGCUUCGUGACCUUGUUUGAGCUCACAGUUGUCAACAACUGGUACAUCAUCAUGGAAGGUGUCACCUCUCAGACUUCCCACUGGAGCCGUCUCUACUUCAUGAUCUUCUACAUCGUGACUAUGGUGGUGAUGACGAUCAUCGUUGCCUUCAUCCUCGAGGCCUUUGUCUUCCGAAUGAACUACAGCCGCAAGAACCAGGACUCGGAAGUGGACAGUGGCAUCACUCUGGAGAAGGAACUAUCGAGGGAAGAGCUUCUUGCCAUCCUUCAGCUCCGCCGGGAGGCGCGAGGAUCCGCUUUGGACACUGCCCAGCUGCUCAAGACCCUCUCCCAGAUGGACAGGCACGAGCAAAAUUCUGUGGUUUUCCUGGGACGGAGAUCCAGGACCAAGAGUGAUCUGAGCUUGAAGAUGUACCAAGAGGAGAUCCAGGAGUGGUACGCGGAGCACGCCCGGAAGCAAGAGGAGCAGCAGCGACAGCUUGGUAGCAGCGGUGGAAUCCCCGGCCCCCAGCAGCCCCCAGGCAGCCGCCAGCGGUCCCAGACCAUCAGCUAG